GAAAGUAAACCUGCUAAAGAUCGGACAAAGCGGGAGCAGCAAACGAACGAAAACAUGGAAUUGAUUUCGUUAUCAGAAAAAAGCAUUAACGAUGAAGUCCAACAGGACCUGACGUCGACUCUUCAAGGCCAUCUUGUAUGAAGGAAAUAUUUAAAUAUUUCAUUGAAUUUAUUUUUCUUAAAUUUAUAUAUCCGCGUUAUCAAAAGAAAGCAACGAUGAUAUGCGACAGGAUCUGGCGUCGACUUUUCAAGGCCAUAUUAUAGAAAAGAAAUACUUAACAACGUCUGUUUUUUUCUUAAAUUUAAUGAUAUUGAACGUGGAUAAGGCAUGCAGACAAUGAGCGGACGAGAGGGCUGCCAUGAAGGCUGAAAAAGUGACUGUGUGGGGGAUUUGCUAUCUGAAUGGUCAUUGUAUUAAUGUAAAUGUUAAUGAGUUCCUCAAGAGAUGAAUUCACCCUUAAGUAGCACAACUCCGUGACACAUGUUUCUGUUGGUUUCCGGCCGGCAAUGUUAGUGACCAUCCGGAUGGGCACCAACAUUGCGUCUCCAUAUAAAGCUCUAUAAAUGUAGGCAAAAAAAUUCUCGAAAAUUUCUCGCGCAUGAAAAAUUGCACAGACCUGAAUCUUGGCGAGGGCCUUUGUAUAUUUUCCAUCUUUCAUUUCCCAGAUUCUAGACUUUAUCUAUUAAACGGUUUUGAUUUUUAUUUUUAAUAGCGUGACAGUGAAAACCAGCAAUAACGUUACAUUUCUUCUACAUUUAAAUUUCAUCGCCAUUUUCUUUAAUCAUUUAGCAAAGUUUGGCUGAUGAGUAUGAAGUUAAGGAGAAUCAACAUUCUAUACACCAAGACCAAGAAGACAUUGCAGUGUCUCCGCAACAAAGAAACAAAGAUGCCGUUCUUGAAGUGAUUCCAUCGACUUCCACCGAAGUAGAUGUAAGACGAAAACAAAAACACCAUAAUAAUUAAUUAUUCACUAAUAAAGAAGAAUUUGCCUCUAGGGCGCCUUAUUUUGCUUACGUUUCACGUUAGAAGGACCCAACGCCUUUGUGAUCUUGGUUUUCCUGUGCCACUAAUGUGUUUCGUCGAUGGUGUACCUUUUCUGCGCUGUCUUGGAUUUACGUUUCAGCGUCUUGUUUUCAUUCUCUUGAGCUACUUUCAGUUGCGGGCUUGUGACUUCCAGAACGAUGGCUGAUAUAAGGAAUCUUCUAGUAAAAUGGUGUGUUUGUUGUUUUUAAUCAGUACCACGUGUAUCAGCAGGUGGCCGAGGCUUUCUGGGUGAACAUCAACCUGUGGGCGUGGAUUUUCAUCCUAGACUUGAACAGUACCCUGGACCCAAAGUAAAUUUUAUCUAGCUCUUAACUGGUCAGUUUGAAAUUACUUUCAAUAGAUAAUACCAUAUAUUCCGUGGCUCUUGUCUGGCUUAAGCAAAUUAUGUUAUUUUUAUCUUUUUAUCUGUUAGUUACUUAUUUACUAACAAGGAAAGUAAUUACUUGAAAGCUGUGCUGUUUCAAGCUAAACCAAAAAUUUGAUAGUUUUUUUUUUAUCAAUUUAAUUAGGAUGAGGAAUUCAAAGUAACUGGCAAAGAACUUCUAAUCAGGUCAUCGGUUUCACUGGGAAAAAAUCAAGCUUCUGCAAUGCCACUUUCAAUUGAAAACCUAGAGGAGUCAGGCGAGGAUCCUUGUGACGUAGAGGAGGACUUUUCUACCAAACAACUGUUUUCACUUGCCUGGCAAAUAGCUAAAGGAAUGGUAAUUAUCUUUGUUUUCUGGAUCGAAUGUCGCUGGGAUUCUGGUUCUGAGUAUAACUUGGAAAGAAGAAUUCAAAAGUCAAUAAUUUAUAAACAUGAACAGACGGGAUAAAUAUAUUGGCUGUUUUUCUAGAUAUGGGCGCAUUAAAGUGGCUUAUAUGGAAAAAAUUUUCUUUUCGGUCGACCCAGUUUUGGCUGAAUUCGUUUCGUUAUGCGUCUGAACGUAAAUAUCUGAAUCAGAUCAGUGCCGAUAUUUACUUUUCAUCUGGAUUUUUCAGCUAUACCUAACUACUUAGUGUACGGCGUAGCCCCGUUAUUACGUUUUGAGAUAAUUUUAAUCGUUGUUUCGUUGCUUAUUUGUUAUUAGAAUCAUCUCGCAGAAAACAACCUUGUUCACAGAGACCUUGCUGCCCGUAAUGUUCUUGUUGGCCAUGACAACCAGAUCAAAGUGUCAGACUUUGGGUUGAUGAGACAAAUCUAUGAAGAUAUGAGCAGCACAACGAAGUCCCAAAAACUUCCUGUAAAGUGGAUGGCCCCAGAAUCACUUUAUCAAGGCGUUUACACGACCAAAAGUGAUGUGUGAGUGAUGAGUUUUCCCGCUCCCUUGACAAGGGAACUAUUGAAACGUUUCUACUGAAUCACUUCUCAAAAUUGUAGUUGCCGUAAAAAAAUUACAGAAGUAUAUAGCUCUGAAGCGCCAAAAUUCUCCCCAUUUGUUUAUAACCAUGCUAGGGUGGGUUUUUAGCCGUCCAAUCAGAAGAACGGAAAAUUGUUUGCCCAAAUAUGGAAUCAUAGAAUUGAAGGCAUCCCUGUCUAAAUAUAGCUAAAAACGGAUUCUCCCUGUCCUUAACAAUUCUCCAAUUAAUAAUAAUAAUAAGAAAAAGAAGAAGAAGAAGAAGAAGAAGAAAAAGAAGAAGAAGAAGAAGAAGAAGAAGAAUGAAUGAAUUUGUAUAGCGCAAAUUCCAUUCAAUGUUCAAAUGCGCUUCACAAUAAAACCACACAGUGGGAAACUGGAUACAAUAACUAAUGCACCUAUCAAUGUAAUGCCGGCGGGGGGGGGGGGGGGGGGNAUGUUUCCCGCUUCCACGCUUCACGCAUGCGCCAUACGGUUUGAAAAGAUCAGGAAGUCAUGGAGGCCAAUGAGAACAAGCGAAGGCUGAGUGGAUUUCACUGUUUUGUCUUCAAAUUUUGUUUGUUUUAGCGUGUUUUUGAUCAAUUGAACCUCUUAAUAUACUGUGGUAUCAAAGUAAACGGAGGUAAAGAGAAACCAAGUCGAUUUUUGCAAGUACAAUUGAUUAGUGUAUGGCUCAUUCGCUACAAUCACUGUAAACUUAUAAAACUGACUUUCUUUGUACCCUUUGCUAAGAACGGUUAAUUUAGACUUAUUAAAUGUGGACUUUCUCCUAAAGGUUUAUGUAUUCUACGCAGUGUAACACGGAUUAUGGUUAAAACGUAUAAUUGUAGCUGUAACAGGAACAUGUAUCUUUGGUGAUGCAGCAACGUUUAUAAAAGAUUGCAGAGUUUUAUUUGGAGAUAUUUUUAUUGUGCCUUUCUUAGGUUCUGCCUUGGGAUUGACAGCAAUGUGCAGCCUGGGGUGGGGAAAUUUGGUUAGAUUUGACUGAAAUGAUUUGCCCGUGGGCAGGGAAUUUGAUUGCAAAUUUUUGAAAAAAGUCAAAUCCCCGCCCUAUGCCCUGCCUCCGCCCCCCGCCGGCAUUACAUUGAUAGGUGCAUAAUACUAACAUCAUCAUAAUAAUAAUAAUAAUAAUAAUAAUAAAUAAAUAAAAAUAAAAACUAAAGCUGCUACUAAUACUAAUACUGCCUAAUAAUACUCCUGUGCUAAAUAAAUGCUACUAUGAUAUUGCGCUGCAGGUUAUGAUAAAAAUGCUAAAGGAAAAAGGUGCGUCUUUAGCUUUGAUUUAAAAAUGUCCAUCGACUUGGAGUCUCUGACUUCAAAUGCCAAUGCAUUCCAGAGUUUUGGUGCUGCUCAAGUAAACGACCUGUCACCAAGUGUCGCUUUAGAUAUAAAUGCGGGUUGCUUAAGCAAGAGGGUGUCACUAGAACGUUUCAGGUUAUAGCAUGACGGAGGCUUCAGUGGGAUAUCAGUGACUCCAAGUAAGUGAGAGCUGUGCCAUGCAAGAUCUUGAAAGUUAGCAGAAGAAUCUUGAAUACAAUUCUAGGGUGAAUUGGUAAUUAAUGCAACUUAAUAACGAGUGGUGUUAUGUGACAAUCUACCCUCAGUAAAUAUCAGUCUAGCUUUGGCAUUCUGCACACGUUGUAAUUUGAUCAAUGAGCAGUUUGGCAGACCAUACAAUAAACUGUUACUUUAGUCAAGACGAAUUGAUAUGAAAGCAUGAAUAAGUGACUCUGCUGAAUUAUUGGAGAGAUACUUCCGGAUCCGACGUAUGUUAUUAAAAUAGUAGAAUGAUGAGCUGCAAAUUUUCGAAAUAUGUUCCGUCAUAGAGAGACUGGCAUCUAACCACGAGCCAAGGUUCCUAGCGACAGGCACAGGGUGAAUGUUGAUGUUACCCUCGCGAAUAUGAGUGAUAACUACCUUCUCAAGCUGUUGCUGUGUACCUAUUUUAAGAAGUUCAGUUUUUUCGUCAGUUAAUUUAAGAUUGUCAUGCGACAGCCAAGAACGAAUAUCAGUAUAAUACAACUUCCCAGUAACUGUCCAGCAUUAAGGUAAUCGAGCCUGUCGUUUGGGCAGAAUGAGAUGUAUACCGGCGUGUCGUCAGCGUAACAAUAAACCGUAGGAAAAUGAUGUUUGAUGAUCUCGAAGAGAUUACUAUAAUACAGAGUAAAUAAUAAGGGGCCCAGACAGGAACCUUGAGGGACACCACAUUGCAACUCGAAUUCCGUAGAGAGUGUCUCAUUGAUGGCUAUUUGUUGAGACCUUCCAGACAGGUAAGACGAAAACCAGGAGAGGACUUUUCCAUUUAUACCAAAUGUGAACUGAAGUCGAUGCAGUGAAGUGACGUGAUCGACAAUGUCAAAAGCCGCACUUAAGCCGAGGAGAAGAAGCAGAGUGACACGUUGAUCGUUUAUGUUAAGGAGGAUGUCGUUAGUGACUUGGAGAAGUGCUGUUCCUAUGCUGUGUUUGGGACGAUAAGCUGAUUGCAGAACAGGGAAGAGAUCAUUGCUGAAUAAAUAAUGUUGAAGUUGCUUGGCGUCCGCAGUCUCCACAAAAUUUGAAGCACACGCGAGAUUACUCACAGGUCUAUAGUUCUUAAAGAUGAGGUCUACACCCUUUUUCUGAAGCAGUGGUUUAACAAAGCGCGCUUUCAGAUGAGAGGGAAAUAGCCUGAUUCCAGCUAAAGGUUAAUUAAUUUCGUAAUUGGAGGAGGUAAUACAUCAAGACACUCAGUAAAAAGCUUAGUAAGAAUGGGGUCGAGAAAACAAGUAGUCUUUGUAGAUGAUUUGAUUAGUUCAUGAACUUCGGUUUCAGAAAGAAGACGAAAUUCAGAAGAAGAGGGACCAUCAAGUGCAAAGUGGGAUUCGCUAAUAUCGGAAGUGCUACCUUGGAGUGCAAACUCAAGCCGAAUGGAGUUAAUUUUGUCACGGAAAAACUUGCCAAAAUCGUUAGUCAUUAAUUAAUUAAGAUCGGAAUGUAGAGGGAGACUGGAACGCUUCGAUAGGUUAAGCAGUGAUUUACAUGCAGUGAACAGUUUCCUCUGGUUGAGACAGUUUUCAAUAAAAUGUUUCAAUUACAUCCAAAACUCAAAAGUACACGCAUUUUUGGGCUCGUCCACCACAAAUAAAAGGAGUUAAGAAAUAAACGGGGAAAUAAACAAUCUAAAUGCCGUGAAUCUGUACAUAUUUAUAACCUCUUUGGGUUUUUUUUUCAUAGUUGGUCUUUUGGUGUUGUUCUUUGGGAAAUGGCUACCUUGGGUGAGUGGACCGUAAUGUUGCAGUUUAUUAUUGUCAUGUUAAAUUUGAGGUUAACUGACAAAUCAAAAAAACAUCUUUCAUGGUCUGUGACUCUUAUCGACUGUAGAAAUGAUGUCAAAAUGUUGAAAACGCAUGCACGACCCUCAGGAUGAUGGUUUUACACUGCAAAGUUUUGAGCUUUCCAAAGGAAUUAAGGGGACUGUGCCUUAACCUACCUUUCCCCUUUUGCCAUGGUGGGACGUGGCUUAACUGUUACGAUUGUUAUAGAGGUUACUGCUACCAGGAAGGGCGAAAACAAUGUUUCAUAAUGUUUUGUUUGCGGCAAGUUUGAAUUUUCUUGUUUGAUCUGGGCUUUGUUUUAAUUGAUUAAGUGCUGUGAGACAUCUCCUAGAUGAUAACCGUAUGUGACAAUACAUAUUAAAUUUGCGAGCAUUUGAUGACUGGAAACGAGAAGCCUUAUUGUUAAUCGCCCUGCCUUCUUUCAUUACGCCUUUAACUGCAUUGGCUAUAUAUCAGACCUCCAUUCAAUCAACAAUUUUUGCAAAGUGGCCUUAUUGAGUUUAUAUGAGGAGAAGUGACAUUCGACUAAGGCAUCUUUAAUAUAAAUCUAUCCAAUGGAAAAUUACGCGUAUUCAGUUGCCGAUAUGUAAUCAUUUGUUUUCUUUCUCGCAAUCGUCAGGAGGCGUUCCAUACCCCACGCUGACCAACUCAGAGUUGUAUCGACUGCUCGAUACUGGUUAUCGCAUGGAAAGGCCUGACGUGUGCUCCGAUGACGUGUACGUUUCUUGAUCAGGGUGGUCUUAGAAUUAACAAACAGAUUCCAUUUUUCUGUGCGUCUGCUCAGUUACAUUUCACACCGAACGGUGCAGCAUACGAAUACGUCAAAUAUUUUAACGCCUUCUUUGAUCACAUUAAAUACUGACCAGACGGACGGCAAGGGAAAGCGUUUGUUGGGAUCCUCACUCUUUGAACAAGGAAACCCUCCAUUAGCUUUAUGGUCAAUAAAGGCAUCAUUAGCAGUGAUUAGGUUAAUCUCUUUCCUGGGGCCGGAGGGAGUACUCCCUGUACUGGGGAGGCACCCCCCAAAAGGGGUACCUCUCUCAGUCUUCUGGUGUAGGAAUUUUGCUGGUCGAAGUAUAUGAAAGGGUAGGGAAAUCUGUCAUGUCGGUCUGUAAAAUGACUUAAGAGGACCAGAUAAAAUUUUUUGGCAGUGAAAAAGUCGAGCAAAUUUUCUGGUUUGUUAUUUAUUCCUUUUUUUAAAGGAAGUACAUUUUUCAGCAAUUAAAAGGGAUAAAGUAAAAGUUCUUUUCUGUCAAAAUGAUACUCAAAAGGAUAAGGGAUUGGACCUCGGGGCAGAGCUUUACAUAAUAAUGGCUGGAUGAAGAAAUGGGGAAUAACGUGAUAACCCAAACGUUCCAAGAGCCCAUUUUAAUGGGCUUUACGUGGAAGCUUCACCCAAAAGGAGUACCUUUUUAGGCCACAUGUAUAUGGAAAGGUAGGAAUUUAACGAGCUAAAAUGUUUGAAGUGGUAGGAAAUUUUGAAACUUCGGUAAUUUACAUUAAAAGAUAUUUUAAAAAGAUGCUCCUUUAUUGCAUGCUUAAUGUUAAGGGCUUAAUGGCUUAAAAAGUGAAGUAGUCGUACCAUUUUUCAAAAAUGCUGUAUAAAAGGGGUUGGACCUCAGGGUGGAGCCUCCCUGUAAACUCAUGAAGCUAAGAAGCCUAUAUAUUCUACUAAAAAUUUUACUUUUAUGCCAAUAGACCUCUUUCGCUUGUAUGUUUUGUUUUGGCAAUGCAGGUCAUGUCUAACGGUCAAAUUCCCUUGGGACCUCUUUUGGGAAACCAAAACAUAUAAGCUAUAAAGAGGUCUAUUGACACUCUCUAACAAUUGACUGGAGCUCUACUAAGCACUGAAUGUUUUUUUUUUCCUCCAUUCAUAACAGAUAUGAGCUGAUUACUGACUGUUGGAACGAAGACCCUUACACUCGUCCCAGUUUCUACCGUUUGAUCGAAAAAAUGGAGGCGAUAAUGGAAAGGGAUGCACCAUAUUUGAAUGUAAACAAACACAAUGAAUAUCAUCCGUAUUAUAACGUGCCACCUGAAGCUAGUGCUGAUUAAUAUGGAGAAGAAGGAGCAUCGCAAUAAUCGGACAGUUUAAGACGG